AUGGUGCAACCGGUCGGGGACCUUCGAAAACGAAUUCUGCAGUCAUGUCAUGCUACCCUUAUCCGUCUCGGCGAUCUCUCACGCUACCGCGAAACUGAACUGGUUGGCAAGGACCGAAAUUGGGGUCCGGCCAUAGGUUAUUAUGACCUUGCCACAGUAAUAUAUCCAGCCUCUGGUGCCUCGCACAAUCAAUUGGCUGUCAUUGCCCUCGCCGAUGGAAACCACUUGCGGGCCACUUAUCACCUCUAUAGGGCACUAGCCGCCCAGGAACCUCACCCAUCUGCUAAGGGCAAUUUAGAAAUUGAGUUCAGGAAAGUUAGGAAUCUGUGGGCUAAAAGAGAACUGAUUCGCCCCGAGGAUGCCGGUAUUCCUGGUAGAGCGUUGGCUCCCUGGUUUGUAUAUCUGCAUGCUCAGUGUUACAGAGGCACGGAUUUCCCCGAGCAUGAUGAGCUUGAAAAUGAGGUAUUGAAUCAACUUGCUGUUGAUUUGAAGGAGCGUUCCCUAGAGGGCACCCUACAAAAGUUCUGUCUAGUCAAUAUCUCUGCAGAAGAUUUUUCUAGGACACGCGCCAAUGAAGAGUCCGUGUCAAAUGCAGGUCUCUUUUUCCGGCGUAUUAAUGUGAAAACGUUUUUUACAUUACUUCAGAUCCUUUUGGCUGAAGUGGAACGGUUCGCGGUCGAAGAAUCAAAUAAUAGGGAAGGAAAGAAUGGUCCUGAUAAGAUCACCGCUGUUGCACGACGUGUUUUGCCUGCUCUCCGAAACUACAGCUCUUGGCUACUUACAGUCAGCCAUCUUCUAGUGGCUCAUAAAGAGGAGAAAGACACCCCACUUUCUGUCCAAAUAAUUGAGUUCUGGAAAAUCUACGCCAACACACUGACUCUUCUCGCAUCCACAUUCGAUGUAGUCCUCCUUCCGGAGAUAGACUACCUUUUGGAAGAAGAUGAAGAGACUCUGUGUUUUGUGCCGCUAAAUAAAGAGGCUACUUCACGUAGAUAUUUAGAUACAAGUGGCCGCCAGAAGCCUCGGAUGAACGAUCUAGGAGUGGAAAGAAAUCACCCAAACAUGGAGAUGCUUUACCGAAUUCGCGAAUUCGUGAUUGAUGGGUUGGAUUUGGUUGUGAGCAAUCCCCUCGGGACAUCACCAUACCAUUUCCUCGGCGAGUAUUGA